UUUUCCUUAUUCUUGCGAUCUUCAUCAUUAUGUUACCAACUUCAUUCAACCUGGGUGGAAGUUUGAGACUUUUCAAACAGUUAUAAAUGAAGCAACCUGUUUACAUUUCAAUUAGAUUCGUUUAAUUUUGUUUUUACUUCUAAUAAGACUCAGAUCAUUCACGGCUUAUAUUUUUGACCCCUGAAAGUAUUUCAAUCUUAAAAUUCGAAUGUUUAUUAAUCAAACCAUCAUGAUGAUUUGCUAUACAGUUUUAGUGAUGAUUUUAUAUUCAAAUCUUGUAUCAUCAACAGACAUCGAGGAUUCAACAGAACAAUACGAAAGAGUUGCUUUUGGCAAGCCGGUUACCGAAUCAGGAAAAUAUCCUUAUUUUGUCUCUAUCCAAAGUGAAGAUCCGAAUAGCACGACCGGAUACAAGCACAGAUGUGGUGGAGCAUUAAUAGAAAGGCAAAUCAUGGUAACAGCAGCUCAUUGUUUAAGUAGAACCCAGCUUAUUCCCAAAAUGCGAAUUUUACCCAACUAUCGUAAUACACCGUUUAUUCAUCCAAACGAUCUAACCUUCAAAAUUAAGUAUCGUACGAUCCAUCCAGGUCACAAUUUUACAGCUCCAGUACAUAUCAAACAUGACAUCGCUGUUGUACUAUUGGACAAACCUGAUCCUCGACCUAAUGCAACUAUUAGACUCCCCAUCACUAGAAGCCCCAUUGCGCAACGGCUUACAUUGAUCGGCUUUGGUAUAACGGAAUCCGGAGAUGAUCCAGAUGUAUUGCAAUCAGCAACUGUAUACUACCGUACUGAUCAAGAGUGUCAGGCUGACGACAAAACUGGCCAUUACAAUCCAGGUUUCAAUUUUUGUACUGCUAAUCCUGAUGGAUCCGUUGGAUGUACUGGUGACUCAGGUGGACCUUUAAUUCUGACCAUAAAUAAUACAGAUUAUAUCCAAGGUGUAUUAUCUAGUUCAUAUCGGCCAUGUGGAUCAAAUGAUAAAACUAAUUUUGUUAAUGUUUUCACACAUUUGGAUUUCAUUCAUCAGGCUAUUUCAUAUUCAACUUUUAUGAAUCAAAUUUCAAAUUAACAUCCAAAAAAUCAAUUCCAGUUGAAUUACAAGUGAAAGAAAUGCCGUAAAAUGAUUAAAAUAUGGUCUAACGUGAUUCCGUCCAUUUUUUAGUAACGACAACACGCUGUAAACUGUUAAGUAAGCGCUAAAGAAUAAACUGAGGAACCUUAAAAACUUAA